AGGGGACAAUCUGAAUUCUCAAGUAGAGUAUUAUCUAGGGUUCUUCAAUUCCAAGCUAUCUCCACUCUUUUACCGAUUCCAAUUCAAUUGCUUUUGCAAAUCGAGGGUCUCAGCUAUCUCCGCCAGAUCUUGGCCGUCCGAUUGAUACCUUUUUCUCUGAAUAUGGUCAAAAUUUGCAAGCCCUAUAUUGAUUUCAAUCAAAGUUUGAACCUUUGUUGCAAUUUCAGCGACUCAGAUCCGUUUCACAGAUAAUUUGCCUAAUUUUGAGAGAAGGGUCGGUUUUUUUGUAUGUUGAUUUUGAAGAGAGUCGUCUCUUAGUUUGAAACUUUAGGUGGAAGUUUGUGGAAUUUGCACUUUGUUUAUCAGUGCGUUGUGUAAAUUUUCUUUUGUAAGUGUGUUCUGCAUCUUGUUUUUGAUCAGUGGGUUGUAUAUAAUUUCUUUUUUUGUCUUCCAAGUAUUAUGAUGUAUAUAGAGGAAGAGAAGGGAGGAGAGCUGGAGGCUGGGAAGGAGGAGGUGGUGGUGGGUGGAGUGAUAGAGAAGGCAGAGAAAUUAUCUGUUGAUGGUAAGGUGUUGUGUUCUAGUGGUAGUAGUGGCAAGAAUGCUAUUGUUGUGUUGGAUGUAAGGAGGGUCAUGGUUGGAGUUGGGGCUCGGGCCUUGUUUUACCCAACACUUCUCUACAAUGUUGUUAGGAACAAGAUUCAGGUAGAGUUUCGCUGGUGGGACUGGAUUGAUGAGUUUGUGUUAUUAGGUGCUGUCCCUUUCCAAUCUGAUGUGAAAAGGCUAAAGGAGCUUGGUGUCUCCGGUGUCGUCACCCUAAAUGAGCCAUAUGAGACUUUAGUUCCGACAUCUUUAUAUGAGGCUCAUGGUAUUCGUCAUUUGGUUCUCCCAACAAGAGAUUACUUAUUUGCCCCAUCUCUGAAUAAUAUAUGUCAAGCAGUAGAGUUCAUCCAUGAAAAUGCUUCCAAUGGACAAAGUACAUACGUGCACUGCAAGGCUGGUCGAGGACGUAGCACGACCAUUGUCUUAUGCUACUUGGUUAAGUACAAGCAGAUGACACCAAAUGAUGCAUAUAACUAUGUGAAGUCAAUUCGUCCAAGGGUGCUUUUGGCCUCUACCCAGCGACAGGCUGUCCAGGAUUUUUACCAUCUCAUGGUGAAAAAGUCAUACAGUUCUACCCCUUUGACUAGUAUGAUCCCACGGAGCUCAAUCUUCUCCAGACGGAAUUUGCUAGCCUUCGAUGAUGGUGCUGUAGUUGUGAUAACCGAAACAGAUCUAGAUGGAUAUAGUUCAAGCCUUGACUCUAGGGUGGCUGGAUCUGAGCUUUGGGCAGAUUUGAAUUUGAUUUACAGGGUUCGAGUUGCUGGUGGGGCAGCCUUAGCAAGACUCUCCUGUAUGUGGUUACGUUGCCACACUGACCAGAAGAUUCCAAAUCAGAAGGUGACUGCAGAGAGCAAGCAGCUGGAAAGUUUUACUGUAGAUAUACAUGUGUUUUCUUAAGUUAAUAAGUUGUACAUAUUUCUUCUGUAUAUAUAAAAUAUUAAGAUGCUACAAGCUAAGGUGUCUACUAUUUCAGCUUACUCUUCCAUAAAACCUCGACGUUCUCUAUGUAAAUACGAUAUACUUCUCAAGUUGCAAAUGAGAAGUUUGAGUAUAUGUAUAUAUAUAUAGCUCUUUAU